CGACCAACGAAGUCGUUGGGCAGGAGAAGUGGAAGCCAUGGCCAAGCCCCCUUCGAGCGAGCGCUAUGCUCUGGUACUCCUCUGCCUUUGCAUAUUCCUGCUGGUUUUUGGCGAGACGAUGCAGCCUGCUCCACGCACACAGAUAUAUGAGACCAUCAUCUGCGACACCCUCCUCCCGUCCACCGACAAGGGCCCGGAACGAUGCAAAGCCAAUGUCGUACAGGAAGAGUUGGUGUUCCUCAAAGGAACAGAAAGACUGCUUGGGGCGUUCCCGACCAUCCUUGCGAUACCAUACGGCCUGGCUGCCAAUCGUUUCGGCCGGCGCAAUGUCUUGACCUUGGCUCUUGUUGGACUCCUCCUAGAAGAAACAUGGAAUUUCUUUAUAUGCUGGCUGUCCCCCGCGUUAAACAUCCGCCUGGUACUUGUUGCUGUGGGCUUCGAGGUCAUUGGCGGUGGCUUUGGUGUCGUCACGACCAUGGUACACGUCAUCGCCGCGGACAUCGCGACCGGGGAUGCGAGGACCAGCCUCUUCUUCGCCAUCCAUGCCAUCGGCACGAUUGCAGCAAUACUCGGGCAGCUCAUCAGUUCCGUGCUGAUGCCCCUCAAUGUGUGGCUGCCAUGGGUGGCAGGCAUCUGUUGUAUUCUCAUGGCAGGGACCGUUUCCCUGUUCAUCCAGGAUAGACACCAACACCAGGAAACAGAGACAGAUGCCACGAGCGCUGAGCGAGAACCGCUACUGAUACCAGAGACCGAUACACAUGGUCCAGCGUCCGAAUUUGCGACGGCAGCGAACGGAGACUUGCUAGACGAAGCAGACGGUCCGGGCUCAAUGCUUCAGACUGCCUGGAAGCGGUUCAAGACAGGGACACGCAUUGCCGUUGGGCAGACGCGGCUCAUCUUUCUAUUGGGACUGGUCCUGCUAUGCCAGAUCAGCGAGGACUCACUCCCAAUGAUACUGUUAGUUUUCGCAUCCAAGAGGUUUGGCUGGAGCUUUGCGAGGGCAAACUUGUUCUGGGCCCUGGGCGAGGGCGUCCAGCUGGUUAUCCUCUUGGCUGUGCUCCCUCUCGUAGGCCGCCUGCUCAAGAUCCGGCUGGGUCUGGAUCCCUUCGCCAAAGAUGCCACACUGGCCCGGUCCAGCGCCGCCCUUCUCGGCCUUGGGACGCUCUGUAUUGGUCUUGGGCCAAACAUCCCUGUUUUCGUGGUAGGAAUUGUUCUCACGGCGUCAGCCGCGGGCAUGCAAUCCCUUCUACGAAGCCUCGUCACCGAGAGCAUCGAGGCAGGAAGCCUCAGUCUCGUGUACUCGAUCAUAACCGUUCUGCAUGUCGUCGGCGGCGCCUUGGCUGGUCCGCUUUACUCGGCGGCGUUUGUUGCUGGUAUGCGGCGCGGAAUCGGGUGGACUGGGCUUCCGUUCAUUGUUGCUGGAUCUUUGGGGUUGCUGUCAUUCUGUUUAUUGUUAGGGCUGCGAAAAGGGAGGAAAGAUUCUAUCCAAUAAGGAGCUAAAGUCAUUUCGAGUGUAUUGGGUAUUCUGCAGCAGGCCAGCCACCAUUGCCAGCACCGUUCUGCUUAAGGCCUUUCUAGGAACAACGAUCGAGUACCCUGUGGAACCUUAGAAUGGAAUUACCUCCAGACAGUUAUCCCGAAGAGGGCUUUGCUGUACUUAAGUAAGAAUCUCUAGCUUUGGAGGCUUAAGCACUGACAACCACUGACAACUUCGAACCUCUCUCACAUAGAUUAGAUUCUAGGUUGUUCCGUUACAUUUCAAA